UUUCAGGGAUUAUUGAAUAACGAGCAAGCUAACAAAUCUUCAGUUUAAAACGUGCAAACGUGAUCCUUUCGAAUGGAUCCUAAUUCGAAGUUUCAUCCGGAGUCGUCCACAGCAUCGACAUCUCCUAUGAAAGAAAUGGAGUUGGGUUUCGAACCUGUUGUCAGUGGCCUACCAGCUGAAUCGGCGGUACUCAUUACAGCCAAACAACUGACAACACAAACAGUUGGCGGUGAAGACACGUAUGACGUAAUUGCUAGUCCUUCAGGCUCCUCUGACGGAAGCAGUGAAUUCGUGAAGGUAGAACACAGCGAUGUGCAGCAGAGGUAA